ACGUCACUAGCCAAUAUGGCGGCGCUCAUGCGGUGCCCGAGAGCAGUGUGUACGAUCCUCGGAUCAGCUCAAACUCAAAGGAUCAGUAAGAGAUUUGUGCGCCCGGUGAGACGCAGAGCACCUGGUGCAUUUCCUUCAACAUCAUAUGACGAUGACUCGAUAAAUCUGAAGUCAGAGGUGAAACACGAGCAGGUUAAAGGCGCAGAGGGACUCGGACACACGUGUCCUCCUUCAGCACAAGAGUCUCGGCUGGGACACAGAGACGCGACAAAGUCACAUCAUGAGAAAAUAAAGAGCAAACCUCAGGAUUUUCACCAAAUGGAAGGGCUGCGAUAUGAAAGGACGCAGCCUGAUGACGUCAGAGUGACACGUUUGGUAAACUUGGCUCGGUCGAAGAAGCUCCGUGAGCAGCAAGGCAAAAUCCUCGUGGAAGGACGACGCCUCAUUUCUGACGCUCUGGGUGCGGGGGCUUCUCCACUCACCAUCUUCUUCAGCACCCUUGAAAGACUACAGGAGCUUCCCGUAAACAAAAUCACACAAGCAAGCUUGGUCAAGGUCAAGAUGGAGGACGUCCAGAUCUGGCCUGAUCACACAGCACUCGAUAUGAUCGCUAUCUUCAAACGUCCAGAGGUGUCCCGGAUGUCAUUUUCUGAGGAGACACGUGGGAAGGCGUUGCCUCUGACGCUUAUCUGCGAUAACGUGCGGGAUCCAGGGAACCUUGGGGCGACGUUGCGCUGUGCCGCUGCUGCUGGAUGUCACAGCGUGCUGCUCAGUACAGGUUGUGUGGAUGCCUGGGAGCCCAAGGUCCUCCGUGCUGGCAUGGGUGCCCACUUUCGCCUUCCCAUAAUCCCAAGUCUGUCCUGGACUGAAAUCCAGCUUCACCUUCCUCACGCGACGACCGUCCACGUAGCCGACAACUCGACCCGCUCCAUGACCGAGUCGGAACACGCACACCUCACACCUCAGCGGCACAGAAAAGCCGGAGACCUCGGAUGGAUCAGCAGCCGACAAAACUCCAGGAAAGAAUAUGAUGAAGAUGAGGAUGAAGAGGAUGAAGUGGGCGGGUUUAAGCAGACGGGCCCGGUUUUAAAAACCCUGCCUUAUCAUAGGAGUUGGACUGGAAGCCAUACGGCCAUCGUGAUUGGUGGAGAGACUCACGGUUUGAGCCAGGAAGCUUUGCAGUUGGCCGAAGAGACGAGGGGGCGGAGACUAUUGAUCCCCAUGGUGCGAGGAGUGGACAGUCUGAAUGCUGCCAUGGCUGCGAGCGUGCUGCUGUUUGAGGGAAGACGUCAACUUAUGACGAACUGAAAGGACACGGUUACCAUGGUUACAGUUACAGUGCAAGUUUGAGGAUGCGCCAGAUAAGGAUGCGGAGAGAGUUGUGAGAUUAGAAUUCUCAAAUCUGAUUGGUUAGAAAGUGUUGAAUCUGAUGUUACACUUGGCCACAGGUUUAUAGUAAUACCUUCAUUAUUUAUAUGCUAGUGUUGCUAUAGUAACAGCUCAUUCAUAGGGAAUUCCAUAGAGAACCAUGUAAAAAAAUAAAUAAAUAAAAGUGCAA